AUGCAUCUGAUAGAAGUGUUGCUGUCUGAUUUUCGGCAGCGGCAAACUUGUAUAAACAAUAGUUUUGACCAGUGUUAUGCGGUGGCAAGUAACCGCAUGAUCCUGCUUCGCCUACAACAAUUGAUAUUACUCGUGUUCGUUACAUACACUAUAGCUCUGGCGACUGUGUGGAGCAAAGUUUCGCGUGUUUUCAAAAUUACUCGAAAAUCGGAAUCCAGUCUGGAUAGUGACGCACUCGGUCUUAUAUCGGACAACACCAAGACGAAUCGUAACAUCUUCAGGGCUAUAGCAUCUUCUGCACAAAGCAUGCUAUCCGGCAGAUCGAGCUAUGAUUACCGCCUUGCGUUGGAAGAUGAUGUCAACGAUAUGAAAGAAUUUGGAACAGGUGCUGGGCGCCGAUUUCACUUGAGUGGUUUGGCAGACUGGAUAGAAGCACCGAGAGAUGCUGCGAAUUUACCACAAAUUAUUCAAGCCACCCGAUCGCAAGAUCCAUGCGAAAAAGAGUACGCAUUUGGUGAAAUGUUGAAGGUAGUAGAACGACUAGAUCCUCUUGCAAACGUGGCUCUUGUGGACUCUGCGCUGUCUUGCGUAGUCGACUGGAUCAAAGAACGUCCAAUGAUUGAGCGACAUGUGUCGAUGGUUUUGGACCCUUUGCCACUGCUCGUUGACUAUGCGAGCAGGCAUGAAAUUUUGCGCAGGCAUGUGGAUCCAAUGAUAGCUUACCUUGUUAGGGAGCUCAGCUAUCCUGCUGUGACAAGCAAUCGAGCCGUUUUCGGCGUUGGAGUACUUUUGGAACGAGGACUAAUCCCUCAAGAUGCCCUCCGCAACCAGAUCAUACCGAUUCUGUUCGACCUCAUUGAGUCUAAAGGUGAUGAUCCUGGCAUGGAGGAUCGACGUGUGGAAAUUGCCGCGGUGCUGUGCCGUGUCAUUUCAUCCGGAAUGAUUACCGAUAAGCGAUGGCUUUUCGAUAACUUCAUCGCCGACUACAGCCGAUUCCUCGAACACCACGUGGUCCACAUUCGAAAAGCUGCGGUAGGCGUUCUAGCAGACCUGUCUCGAAUAUUUGGUCAGAAAUUUACAGAACUGUUCAUCAUUCCGCACCUCUCCUACCUGUGUCUGGAUGCAAACUGGGGUGUACGAAAAGCAGUUUGUGAAGUCUUCGUAGAAGUUGCACGACAUACAUCUCCAUCAGUACGUCGUCAACAACUAGCACAAUCAUUUGUGAAGCUUCUACAUGAUCCGUCACGAUGGGUCUGGUACACAGCUUUUCAAGAACUGGGCCCAUUCAUUGCCACAUUUGCGGAUUCAAAGUUAUCCGGAUUGAAAAUCGAGGACGGACAGGUGUGUGAAACAGAUGGUCGUGAUCCGGAGAAUGUCAUAUCUGAUAUGAUCGAGUUUGAAAAGCUCCCAGCCGGAUGUUAUAUGCCGGAGAAAGAAACUGAAGAAGAGGAAGCAGAUGAUAGUGGACAAGAAUCAGAUCCUGGGGACGAGUCUGGACAAUUGAUUGAUGGACUACAGCACAUGCUCGACACAUGGACAGCUGGCCGGAAGAGAUCAUCUACUCGAAGCGCACCGCCAAGUGUCAUUGAGGGUGAGCCAUCAAGUUCUGGUGAACAAGUGAGUAUAGCAGCUAAAUGCAAUUCAUCAGAUGACCUAUCGAAGAUUGGCCUUGAUGACACUGAGUAUAACGAAGAUGACGACAUGGACCUGCUAGACACAACCCUGAACGAUCUUGGUUUGGAUGAUAGCAGUAGCAGUGGAGAACAAGAAAGUCCAGUGAAGUCCAAAGAGAGCACUUCUGAGACUGCUCCCGCGGAGUUUUCACCCUUGACUUACUGGUCGGAUCCAUACGAUACGUUUGCUGUCGAUGAUGAAGAGCUUGUAGCGUUUGGCUCUUCCAAAUCGAUCCCCAAUUCGCGUUCGUUUUUGGAACGGCGUUUCGAUGUGCUCUAUGUAUCCCCGGACCAAACCGUACAGUCGCCUGUGGCAAGCCCUCGGCGAACACCUCGGAAUAGCGAGUCGGAAAGAAAGAACUCUGGAGGAGAUGAUGCCUCGCCGAGAUCUCGUAAAAGCUCUCGGAGUACGACUUGUAACGCGGAGGAUUCCGAUAUAAUUGCGGACUGCAGGGGCGAAGAUACCGAUGAACAGGAAGAACCAAUUGAGGAAGAUCCCGUGCAGAAAAUUGUCCCACAAGAGCUGGUCGACAACUUUAUGGGCAUGGUCCUCCCCGGCGGAAUGAUGGAUUCGGACAUCAAUAGGCAUUGCGCUCAUAACUUCCCAGCAGUAGCGUACACUCUGGGAAGAGCAAACUGGCCUCAAUUGCGUGACACAUACAAUAAACUCGCCACUGACGACCAGCUGAGAGUACGCGUUUCGAUCGCUAAUUCUAUUCAUGAAAUGGCGGCUAUUGUCGGCGCUCGACACACAGACGAUGAUCUUCUUCCCGUUUUCCAUGCGUACAGAGAGGACGCAUUUGAAGUGCGAGUCGGGCUGUUGAAGCAUCUUUUCGAGUUCUAUCGGUGUUUAUCUCCCGAAACACGGAAAGGUAUGAUCGACGCAUUGCCGCAAUUUAUGCCAAUGGACAACUCGAUGUUGAAUGGAAAUUGGCGGUAUCGGCACGAAUUUGCUAGGCAAUGCAAUAAGCUUUGUGAGAUGUACGGUAUAGAAGAGAUCAAUCGGACAAUGAGUGCCAUAGCACUUACCUUAGCUAACGAUCGAGUGUCUGAGGUACGAAAAGAGGCUGUACAUCUGCUUUCUCAAAUUCUUGCUCGACUUGUCGAUCACGAGUGGUCGAAUGUCACCAGCAAACAGGAGUCCAACGUAGAUGGUCCAUCUGGUGCAACAUUGACUGAACUAUUCGUGCACGAUUUAGUCAGCGGCUUCGCAAAUACGCAGAAAUGGACGCGGCGACAAACGUUUGCCUACGUCUGCGAACGUGUACUCAUCGAUCAUGCGCUGUCAAUGGAACAGUUCCGAUACUUCCUUCUUCCUCAUCUAAUAGCUAUGGCUGAUGACAGUGUCAUCAACGUUCGACUAGCUGUAUGCCGGGCUCUGUCACUUUGCGACUCUUCGAUCCAGUCGGAAGCUAUCGCUAGCGAUUCGAGAGGCGAAACUCCCCUGACAGUGAAAACCGUCUUGGAACGUUUGUCACAAGAUUCGGACAUGGAUGUGGCCCGUGCAGCAAGACAGGCAAUGGGCCAAACCGUUGGUAGCGAGACUGUUGACAUUACCAUGCGAGGAUUCCGCAUUCGGGAAAAAGAAAACUCACUUCUCGACACCCAUAUCAUUGAUAACUAUGAAGAAGACGACAUGAGCUUAUGUUCUGAUUAUGCGACUAGUGAACCGUCGAUUCGUUCCACGCAAUUAGCGCUACACGAGUAGAGGAUAGUUUUUGAUGUGUUGUUCAUAUAUUGUGUCGUUCACUCUCACUUCCCACUUAGGCAGGAUUGCGAUUUGCUCAAUUUUCGCAUUGUUAAAUCAGAAAAUGAGUCUCGUAAGUAGGUGUUUUGUGUGUGUGUAUGGAGUAGCGCCUGGAGCGCAGUCGCAGCUAUAAUGUUUUGGACCAAGUCAAUGUCAGUUAUCGGCGAUUCUUUACGAUCAGUUACUGUUCUAUCUAUGUGCUAUCUAUAGGAUUUUUCUAACUUAAUUUCACUAUUCCAAAGUUCAAUCACUUUCACUCCCAUCAAGCGAUUCUCUUACUUCACUUUUACAGUUUGCCAUCUCGCUUUCUAUGUAAAUUAUACUCUCCUCUUACACAAGUUCUUUCCGUAAAUCUCUCUCUAACUUCUCGUAAUCUCUCUGUUAGUAGGCUAUUUUCUCUUGAUUCAAUAAGCAGAUAAGGUCCUCAUAUGUGCUGCUGUAUGUGUUUUUCGAUAUGAUCAAUGAGUAGAAUUCGAUAACACUUUGAUUAUAUUGUUCGUUUGUGUGAACCAAUGUCCUUAUCUGCGUACAAAUCUUCGGUGUAUCGUACAAAAAUUUCGAUUGAGUACAUGCCGAGAAUAAAAUAAAAAUUA